AUGGCAAUUGAUGAGGUCUGCAUCAGCUCCAAAUUCUUGAUGUGGCUCUGGCUGAUUCUGACUGAACUUUACGUUCGUGUCGCCUCUGGAGCGCUCUGCAUUUUUGCAAUCUUCGUUCGCAAGGGCAUGUGUGACACCGACACUGACAUGGAAGGGAAGACUGUAAUUGUGACUGGUGGCAGCUCAGGGAUGGGCAAGGAGACUGCCAGAGAGCUAGCUCGACGGAAGGCUCGUGUCAUCAUCGGCUGCUGCAACCUGGACGAGGCGAAGAGGGCGGCCAGCGAAAUCUUCGAGGACACAAGGCAGCUCGUCAUCGUGAAGUACCUGGACCUGGCCUCGUUCAAGUCGGUUCGAGCGUUUGCCAAAGACAUCGUUGCGACGGAGACGAGGCUGGAUGUACUCGUCAACAACGCCGGCGUUUUGCUUGGGCCUGGUAGUCCCAAGCUGACAGAGGACGGCUACGAAACGGCCUUCCAAAUUAACUAUCUCGGUCACCUGUUGCUUACGCUUCUACUCCUAGAUCUGCUCAGGAAGAGCGCUCCCAGCCGAGUGGUGAAUGUGUCCUCGAUGCUGCAUCACUUGGGAAACCUGGACCGCUUCGAAGACCGCGCUAGGGGAAGACAUCCGGUCAAUGAUCCUGACGCCGCCUACUGCAACAACAAGCUCGCCGUUGUCCCCUGCACCAGGGCGCUUGCCAAAAAACUAAAAGACAAGGGCGUAACAGUGAACUCGGUCCACCCUGGCGUUGUGAAGACUCCCAUUGCAGUCAACUCUCCGAGAGUGGUGGCGUCCUUCUUCUGUUCGCUCCAGGACAUCUGUGGCAAGACCGCUCUGCAAGGUGCUCAGACCGCCAUCUUUCUCGCGGUCCAUCCCAAGGUGUCCCGAGAAACGGGCAAAUACUACUCGGACUGCAAAGAACGCUGGCUCAGCUACAAAGCGAAAAGCCUAAAGGUGGCCGAAGACGUCUUGCAGGCUUCCGUCAGGCUGCUGCAUCUGGACGAUUCCAUCGAUCAGCUUUUGAACUAG